GAUUAUUUUACUUCCGGAAUCCCCAUGUCAUUUGAAGGCUGUAACAGGCUGUGGCAGACUGGCUUUGCAAGCAAAACAAUACAUCUGUUAGCUCAUUUAAGUAGAUUUUGCUGUUGAAAGGGAUGUUUCGUAGAAAGCUUACAUCUUUAGAAUAUCACAACCCAACUGGAUUUGACUGUAAAGAUGACACUGAAUUCAAAAAUUUCAUAGUUUGGCUGGAAGAUCAAAAAAUCAGAAACUACAAAAUUGAAGACCGUGGAAAUCUCAGGAAUAUUACCAGCUCAGACUGGCCUAAACAUUUUGAAAAGUACCUUCAAGAUGUGAACUGUCCAUUCAGCACUCAGGAGAGACAGGAGACUGUUGACUGGCUGCUAGGUCUUGCUGUUCGCUUUGAGUAUGGAGACAAUGUGGAGAAAUAUCGCAACUGCAAACCUGUAACAGAGGCCAGUGAUGUUCAAAAGUCUGCAGACCCGUUAAUUAAUCUGGACAGUAACAAUCCUGAUUUUAAGGCUGGCGUCUUGGGACUUGCUAAUCUACUCAAAAUCCAACGACAUGACGACUAUUUGGUAAUGCUUAAAGCCAUUGGAAUCCUGAUACAGGAACGCCUGACCCCUGAUGCUAUUGCAAAGGCCAGUAAAGCAAAAGAGGGUUUACCAGUCGCUCUUGACAAGCAUAUUUUAGGAUUUGAUACCGGAGACGCUACUCUGAACGAAGCAGCCAGGGUUCUUCGCUUGCUUCACAUAGAGGAGCUCAGAGAGUUACAAACCAAGAUCAACGAGGCCAUCGUAGCAGUUCAGGCCAUCAUCGCCGACCCCAAGACCGAUCACCGCCUCGGAAAGGUGGGCAGAUGAAAACAUCUGCCUGGACCGUGCUGAAGAGACCACAAGACAUGCUCUUUGAAGUAUGCUUGUUUCAUUAGCCACACCACAGUUAUUUUUUUUAAAUUUCAGACAUUUU